AUGGGCUGGUUCUCUUCGUCGUCAUCGGACACCAAACAAGCCUCCGACGGUGGCCGCAUAGCCCCCGACCGAACCUCGCGACAACGGUGCUGGAUCGGCCGCGACCAGUUCUUCGCUUGCCUGGACAACAACGACAUCGUCGACUCUAUCAAAGGGGACAAAGAGGCGCGAAAGAAGUGUGCACAGGAGAUUGCGGAGUUUGAGGCCGCCUGCUCGAGUACAUGGGUAAAAUACUUCAAAGAGAAGCGCGUGAUGGAGUACAACCGGGACAAGACGAUCGAGCGGAUCAAGAAGGAAGAUGCAGCCACAGUUCAGGACCUGAAGUCGCAAGGGUGGUCAGGGAAAUAA